AUGAAUGACCCGGACAUCGCUCCACCAUCGCCGCGAGAUACUGCUUCCUCCAAAGGCACUGCUGCCGAUUCUCAGAAUGGCGGCGAGACAUGUCGCAUAUGCAGGAGCGAAGGCACGCCGGAAGAGCCUCUAUUCUACCCGUGCAAAUGCUCCGGCAGUAUCAAGUUCGUCCACCAGGAAUGUCUCAUGGAGUGGCUGUCGCAUUCGCAGAAGAAGCACUGCGAGCUCUGCAAGACGCCCUUCCGCUUUACCAAGCUGUACGAUGCGAACAUGCCCACUACUCUGCCGUGGACCGUCUUCCUCCGCCGAGCAUGUGUGCACCUGGCUGUCAUGACCCUCCGCGCUUGUCGCGCACUUCUCGUCAGUGCUGUCUGGUUGCUUUUACUGCCCUACCUGGUGCGAUGGGCCUGGAGGUGGAUGUUUUGGAUGGCCGAUGUGGGCUGGGCAAGAGAAGCCUACUUGAGCAAAACUCAAGCGGCAAUGCUGCGCCAACAAGCACAGAAUGAAGCGUCGCAACUCAUCCACAAUGCCACUUCGUCUCUACCAGACUCUCUCUAUGCCACAUUCGAGCAAUUGCUAGGCUCCUCUUUUGGGCUUGGCACUACUGGAGGCACCAAGACGUCACAACCGGUAGAUGCCAUGGGCAUGAUUGGUGAAGCUCUAUCUGCGCUCAAGAAUGCAACCGGCAUGGCACACGAGCAGGACUCUCAUAACACUACCACCUACAGUGCGCACGCCAGUCCUUCCAUUCUCUCCUCGUGGACAUACAUCUCCGAACUCACUAACAGCACCUACCUCAACCAAAUCAUCCUCGACAUUUUUGAGGGCCAGCUUAUCACAUGCGUCGUCAUUGUCGGCUUCAUUCUCGUCUUCUUGAUUAGGGAGUGGGUCGUCCAACAGCAGCCACUCGUGAAUCUCGACAACAUCAACAACGCGCAACGAGCCUUACAGCGACAGGAGCGCCAGCUUCAGCGGCAAAUACGGAUACAGGAGAGGCAAGCUGAGCGGCUCGAACAAGCACGUCAAAGGUUACUCCAUCUGCAAGAGAACGAAGGUACUCAGCCAGAAUCGGCCGAACAGUCGUUGCAAGGAAUUCGAUGGAUUGGUUGGGAGAAUCUGUACUUCCUGAUCGAUUCUGCCACCGAAGACUUGCGAGAUGCUGGAGACAAUGAAGAGGCACGGGAGCGAUUCAAAAGUGCCAGUCGUACUGCAUCGCCGUCGCCUGAAAGCUCUAGCUCGGCGCGACGACCGCCAAUGCCUACCAGAGACAGUUCAUCACGAGCAGCGCAGAUCCAGCGAGUCCUUGAAGAAGCAGAUGGUGUUCUGGCUGCUCAUGGCCGCCACUCAUCCGCUGCUUCUUCACCGAGAAGCACCAAGGUAGAGCCAUCAACUACAAGCCCCAGUCUGGCAAGCCCACCUUCUUCCUCGAACGGAAGCUGGCUCGCUGUGCCUCAUCCUGACGAGCAAGAAUCGCAAAACGCUGCCGAAGAACAAGCGCAGGAGCCGGUCAUUGAUCACACGGAUAUUUUUCAAGACAACAAUGACGAGAUGCCGAUAACGAAUGCCGGCCCUGAUGCGAAGAUCAAUAUCAAACGCACUGGCAAAGGCAAGGGCCGAGCCAUAGUUCCUGAGCCGACGGAGGACAAAAGCGAACAUCGCCCUACUUUGACAACCCAUGAACUUCGGCGAAGAUUGCUAGAAAUCACGCCUUCUGCCGGUGACGACGAGGACGAGGACGAGCACGAUGAUGAUCUUGAACCUCAAGUUACCAACUCCGACACUCUUGUCAACUCAAGAGCAGAAACUGCCGACACAUUACAGCGACCUGACGCUGAAAGUCCUUCUUCAUUGGGUGUGGCUAGCGCAUAUCCUGACGAAGCCAUCGACCAGGCCGUGGAGCAGGUCCGUGGAGCAGGCUUAGCUGACGAUAACGGUUUGGAAAAUUCGGACUCCCCAGCCGCUGUCAACGCUGGACCUGUCGAUGUCCCUCCCAGUCGGUGGCAACGUCUAGCUGACUGGUUCUGGGGUGAUAUUCAAGCACAAGCUCCAGAACCGGUUCCGCCGCCGGCAGAGGAAUGGCUCGAUGAGGACGAUGAGGACGAAGAGGCACCCUUCGUUCACAUCCAGAAUGGCCAGCCUUUAAUUGCAGGCCAUGCCCAUGAUGAAGCACUUAUUGGCAACGACCCCGAAGUUGUUGCAGCAGCACAGCAGGCUGGUCUGGACGCAGAAGCUGUCGAAGAUGCCGAGGAUUUGGAAGGCAUUUUCGAGUUGAUUGGGUUCCAAGGGCCCAUUAUUGGCCUUUUUCAGACGUCCUGCUUCUGUGCGAUAUUGGUUUGCGGCACUGUUUACGGGGCAGUCGGCAUGCCAUAUAUCGGGGGCAAGAUCGUGUUAUCUUUCCUCGGUGCUCCCAUGGAGUUCGUCAUCAAAACGCCGCUGCAAAUCCUGUCUUUCGUCACCGACAUCAUAGUGGACCUCGCACUGCUGGUCUUUGGUUGGAGUACCGUGGUUGCCGCCCUCUUCACUGACUGGGUGCUUGCAAUGAUGCAGAAAUGGAUUCCCCAUCUAGUGGAUCACAGCGUCACCAAAUGGAUAUCUGACGUUGCCUCGUCCACCGCAGCUUCAGCUGGACAUCGUCUACAGAAUCUCAUCAUGUCUGGCAAUGAGCCCGUGGACGACUUCGGUUGGAACGCUGCUUUGCUGGGAGCUUCAGCGCACUCUCAUGCUUCCCUUAUGACACUCAAGCACGAGGCUGAUGCAGUACUUGCUUUCGUGAGAGGCAGUGUCACGAGCAUUGUCGAGACCAUAUCUGCUGGGUCGGCAUCUCUGGCUUGGAAGCGUCUUAUUGAUGCGCUCUCCACAAUCACGCGGGUACCUGCUCUUGCCGCCGCCAGUGUGGAAACGCUUCAGCGAAAUGUGUCACCUUUAGUCUCGGCUCUGAGAGGUUUGCGUUAUGGCUCAUUGACAUUCCCGUCGUCCGAGUCCAAGCCGCUAGAUCCAACACUUGUCUACUGGUCGACGACAGAUCGCACCUGGGCCGUCUUGACGGGCUACGUCGCUCUCGCCGCCAUCGCAGCAGUCUAUGUCGCCAUUGACAAGAACUUUACCAGAUCUCAGACUGGACAGAAGACCGAGAAAAUGGUCCGCGACAGCCUUCGACAGGCUGGUGGUGUGAUGAAGGUCAUCUUGAUCAUCAGCAUCGAGAUGCUGGUCUUCCCACUCUACUGCGGCUUACUCCUCGACAUCGCCUUCCUGCCACUGUUCCAAAGUGCAUCUGUCGCGUCUCGCUGGGUAUUCGCGAUGAAAGCCCCGUACACAUUCUGCUUCGUUCACUGGUUCAUUGGCACUUGCUACAUGUUCCACUUUGCGCUUUUCGUCGGCAUGUGCCGUAAAAUCCUACGCAAAGGCGUUUUGUGGUUUAUCCGCGACCCAGACGACCCAACUUUCCACCCAGUUCGUGACGUGCUGGAACGCAAUGUCACUACACAGCUUCGCAAGAUUGCAUUCAGCGCACUGGUCUACGGAGCCCUGGUGAUCCUAUGCCUCGGAGGUGUGAUCUGGGGCAUCGGCAAGGUCUUUAGCGGCAUAUUCCCGAUCCAUCUGAUAUCGACAGAGCCCUUCCUGGAGUUUCCGUUCGACCUGCUGGUGUUUGCCUUCAUGACACCGGUGCUGUUUCGGUACCUUAAGCCGAGUACUGCUGUCAAUGCCAUGUACUCCUGGUGGCUAAGGCGCUGCGCAAGAUUUCUCCGAUUGUCGCACUUCAUGUUCGAUGACCGGCGCAAGGACGAGGAAGGUCGCCAUGUGCGCAAGACUUGGACUAGCUUCUUACUCUUCAGAAAGGCGAACAUCGACGAGGCCACUGUUACACUUGCUGACCAAACCGACGUCCCCGAGGUGUACUUCAAGCGCGAUGGCAAGUACGUCCUCACACCAUGCAACGAUCAGUAUCGGCCACCAAAACCAGGCGAAGCGACGCUUCAUGUCGAGGAUGGCAAUGUCUUUAUCGCCGACAAAGAAGGCAAGAAGAAUGAGCAUUUCUGCACUGUCUACGUGCCGCCCUUCUUCCGACUGAGGGUUACUCUCUUCAUGGUGUGCUUGUGGAUGUUCUCUGCCAUGACUGGGCUUUGUGUCACGCUUCUGCCACUGUGCUUCGGACGCAUGGUACUCUCCGCAGUCCUUCCUCCGCACGUCAUGGUCAACGACAUCUAUCCGUAUUCGAUUGGUGCGUACUUCUUCGGCAGUCUGCUAUACAUUAUCCUUCACGGUGGCCCAACAGCGAGGUCUCUGCGUGAGAAAGCCGACAUAGACCUCAAGGCCUGGACCGAUGCAGCAAAAAAGUAUACCCUACAAGCUGCCAAGUGCUUCUACGUCUAUGGCUUCCUGGCCAUGCUGCCACUGGUCUUUGCGCUCCUCCUCCAAUUCUACUUCAUCCUCCCGCUACACACAUAUCUGGUGGCGAAUCUCGCGCCCGCACUGAAGGAAGCAGCAGCCAAUGGAACUAACAGCACCGCCACGAACUUCUUGAACACCACCCUCACCGCGUUUGCAACCAAAGGCAACCAGACCGAGUCCUUAGACCAGCUUUCACCUACCCUCGCGGAUCACGCCGUCCACAUCUUCUCCGACUACGCUCUAGGCUUCCUUUACUUGAGGAUAGCCCUCCGCGCCAUCACCAGCACCCCCACCUCUCGCGCCGCCGAAGCCGUCCGCCGCAUCACAGCCAACGGCUACUUCAACCCGGACGCCCGCCUCGCCACCCGCUUCUUCAUCCUCCCCAUCACCCUCCUCUCCAUCACCCUCCUCACCGCCCCCCUCGGCCUCGCCAACGCUUUCCUCAACUUCCUCACCUGGGCCAGCAUCUCUUUACCCGAAACUUUGGUCCUCAUGAUCAAUCGCUACUCGUACCCCAUGACUGCUGCUUGCAUCCUUGCGCUUUUGGGUUCUACGGAGGUUGUUAAGGCUACGGGCAGGUGGAGGGCUAGGAUUCGUGAUGAGGUUUAUCUUGUGGGUGAGCGGUUGCAUAAUUUUGGGGAGAGGAGGCCGCCGGUUGGGAGUCGGAGUGUUGUUAGAAGGGAGAGGGGGUGA